GUCAAGGUUGUCUUAUCCUGUCAUCUGUCUUUACUUUUUAGUAGUUGUGUUUUUGUUUUAGUUGAUUUAGGGCUACGGCAUUUACCUCUCCGCAAAUGGAAAUUAGGUAAAUACGGAUGAUGCCCUUAGAAAAUGUGCAAACACAAAAGUCCUACAAGUAUUUGCAGGAAGUUGAAACAGUUGCACAGGACAUUUUAACACUCAAAGAGGAAAAAGUUGAAAUUGCAAAUACUCAAAAUAAAUUCAGAGAAGCUUUAACUGCUCUGAAGCACAUUGACGAUAGAAAUACUUGGGUGCUAACAGGAUCUACAUACAUACAACUACAGACAGAUGAAGCGAAGUCUCUCUUACAAGAUGAGAUUAACAAAGCAGAGAACGAUUUAAAUAUAUUGCAUAACAAAAUUAAAACAAAGUCACAAGAACUCAGAGACUUGGAGCAUCAGCCGAGAAUUGAAGGAUUGACAUUGAAACCUAUUUCUAACUUUGAAGCCAAAGCACUCAAUAAAGCAUUUGGAUCUAGUUAAUGAUUUUAGGUAUCGUUUAAAAUAACUUGAAUAUUACAUAACUACUUGUAGUAGUCAAAUAAUUUGUUGAGUUUGACAAAAAUGCCCAGUGCCUCUUUUAUGGCGUCCAGAUCGUAUGUGAGAAGAUCCAGACGAAAAGGAGCCAAUAGGAUACCUACACCGUCGAGAACCACAUCUGCUGAACCAUGUGAACCCUCUUGCCCUAUUCAGCCAAACCAAAACAUUCCAGCUACAUUUCAAGCAUUUCCUCAUCUAUCUAGUGUUAGUAGCACUAGUACAGGAGGAGGUGGUGCAGUACCUGCCCAUAAUUCCCCAUAUGAUUUGCGAAGGAAAUCACCUUCCCAUCACGAUGGCUCCGGACCAAGCACUAGUGCAGCAACAGCGGGCUCCCCCACUUCCCCCGCCACUCCAACUAUACCCGCCCAAGGAUAUUCUUCAGCCAUGCUGCCGGCAAGGAAGAGACCCAGAAGAACAUGUUCAGCAACUUAUGAGACAUGUACCAAUACAGCAGCUCACUAUCUGCAGUACGAGUUACCCGAUGAGGUUUUGCUCACCAUAUUCAAUUAUUUAUUAGAACAAGAUUUAUGCCGUGUAAGUCAAGUUUGUAAGAGAUUUCAGGUGAUUGCAAAUGAUACAGAACUUUGGAAACGUCUAUAUCAAAGUGUUUACGAAUACGAUUUGCCACUGUUCAAUCCUGCUCCUUGUCGCUUUGAAUUUGUGAGUCCAGAAGAAUCUGAUCUGGCUAAUCCUUGGAAGGAAUCUUUCAGACAAUUGUACAGAGGUAUACACGUACGUCAAGGUUAUCAGGAUAUUACGUUUAAAGGUCGUAAUCUGGUGUAUUUUAAUACAGUGCAAGGUGCUUUAGAUUAUGCCGAUGAACGUAGCGGUUCCAACAGCAGUACCGGAUCGUUAUCAGGUUCAUGUAGUAAUCACUCUAAUGAAGGAUCGGUUCAGGGAGCAUUAAUAUUUCUUCACGCUGGUACAUACCGUGGAGAAUUUCUCGUUAUCGAUUCCGAUAUAGCUUUAAUAGGAGCCGCUUCAGGUAACGUUGCGGAAUCGGUAAUUCUCGAAAGGGAAUCCGAAUCGACGGUUAUGUUUGUAGAAGGAGCUAAAAAUGCUUACGCCGGUCAUCUUACCUUGAAAUUUUCGCCCGACGUUACUUCCACCGUACCACAUCAUAAGCACUAUUGUCUCGAAGUUGGUGAAAAUUGUAGUCCUACUAUCGAUCAUUGUAUUAUUCGUAGUACCUCUGUUGUGGGCGCGGCUGUUUGCGUUAGUGGAGUAGGUGCUAAUCCAGUCAUAAGACAUUGCGAUAUAAGCGAUUGCGAAAAUGUUGGAUUGUAUGUUACGGAUUACGCACAAGGCACUUACGAAGAUAACGAAAUCAGCCGUAACGCUCUAGCCGGUAUUUGGGUGAAAAAUUACGCCAAUCCCAUAAUGCGUCGAAAUCACAUACAUCACGGUCGAGAUGUGGGUAUAUUCACAUUCGACAACGGACUAGGAUAUUUCGAAGCGAACGACAUUCAUAAUAAUAGAAUAGCCGGUUUCGAAGUAAAAGCGGGUGCCAAUCCGACGGUAGUACAUUGUGAAAUCCAUCACGGACAAACUGGCGGUAUAUAUGUUCACGAAAAUGGUCUAGGUCAAUUUAUCGACAAUAAGAUCCAUUCGAAUAAUUUCGCUGGAGUUUGGAUAACCUCGAAUAGCAAUCCAACGAUUCGCAGAAACGAAAUUUAUAACGGUCAUCAAGGUGGGGUGUAUAUUUUUGGUGAAGGUAGAGGGUUAAUAGAACAUAACAAUAUUUACGGAAACGCUUUGGCCGGUAUACAAAUUCGAACCAACAGCGAUCCGAUCGUUAGACAUAACAAAAUCCAUCACGGACAACACGGCGGUAUUUACGUACAUGAAAAAGGUCAAGGAUUAAUAGAAGAAAACGAAGUGUACGCCAAUACAUUAGCCGGCGUUUGGAUUACUACAGGAAGUACGCCGGUUUUGAGGAGAAAUAGAAUUCAUUCCGGCAAACAAGUCGGCGUUUAUUUUUACGAUAACGGACAUGGAAAAUUAGAAGAUAACGAUAUAUUCAACCAUCUUUAUUCUGGCGUGCAGAUUAGAACCGGAAGUAAUCCAGUGAUAAGAGGUAACAAGAUAUGGGGUGGACAAAAUGGAGGGGUACUAGUAUAUAACGGUGGAUUGGGCUUGUUAGAACAAAACGAAAUAUUCGACAAUGCCAUGGCGGGUGUUUGGAUUAAGACUGAUUCAAAUCCGACGUUAAAAAGAAAUAAAAUAUUUGAUGGACGCGACGGCGGUAUUUGUAUUUUUAAUGGUGGUAAAGGUGUGUUGGAAGAAAACGAUAUAUUCAGGAACGCUCAAGCUGGUGUACUAAUUUCAACUCAGAGCCAUCCCGUAUUGAAACGGAAUCGUAUUUUCGAUGGGCUCGCAGCCGGCGUUGAGAUAACGAAUAAUGCAACGGCGACAUUGGAAUUCAAUCAAAUUUUCAAUAAUAGAUUCGGGGGAUUGUGUUUGGCGAGUGGCGUGCAACCAAUCGUACGAGGCAACAAAAUUUUCAACAAUCAAGACGCCGUCGAAAAAGCUGUCGCAAACGGACAAUGUUUGUAUAAGAUAUCUAGUUAUACGUCGUUUCCGAUGCACGACUUUUAUAGAUGUCAAACUUGCAACACCACUGACAGAAAUGCCAUAUGUGUAAAUUGCAUUAAAACUUGCCACGCCGGUCACGAUGUCGAAUUUAUCAGACACGAUAGAUUUUUUUGUGAUUGCGGUGCUGGGACUCUCACUAACCAAUGUCAAUUGCAAGGGGAACCUACUCAAGAUACUGACACGUUGUACGAUUCGGCAGCUCCGAUGGAAUCCCAUACACUUAUGGUUAAUUAGAACGUGCUUCUUGUUAAUUGCAAACGUACGCUACGGAAAAUUGAAUAGUGUGUUAUAAAAAAGUACUGAUAACUAGUGUGUUUAUAUUUGGUGGUUUCGUUAAAUUUAUGUUGAAUUAUAUUGAUUUAACUAUUUAACUAUUCAUAAUAGAAAACCAAAAUGGUGAUUGUGUCGAUAUAAUCGCUGAUCAGAACGUUUGUUGAUUGCCUAAACUAACGAUAUUUUUCCGCUGGUAUAUAGUAUAAUUAAAAAUAAUUGUUUACAAAUGGGAAGAGAUCAUCUUAUUAUGUUUUGCUACCUUUUUAGAGUCGUUCCUGGCUUUUUACUCCAUGUUUUGAAUGUCUCCUGAAAAAACUCUUGUAUGUAUUAAUAUUUUAUUAAAAAUAUAAUAAUAUGUAUACAGAGAGUUUAGAAACUUUUCUACCAAGUGCAAAUUACAAAAACUAUGUGAUUUUAUGUUGGUUUAACUCAAUUUACCUUUAUCUAAAAGAUUCUUUAAUGGAGGUAGCGCCCUUAGAAGAUGAUGUUUUUUGAAGGUAGUCAGUUUUUGAAGGUAUAACAAAAUAUACUGCUACCUACAUUAUCAGAAUUUGACUAACUACAGAAGUUUUCUAAAUCUUGGAAUAUUAUUCAAAAACAUUUACGAGGUGUUUAGAAAUCGGUGCCAAAAUAGGUUAUCUCGAAAAUUGUCUAACUCACUUCUUUCCAGUAUCAAUCUCAUUUUUUCUCAAUGCUAGAGGAUUCUACUUUAGAAAAUUGGGAGUUUUUAUAAAAACUUGAAAAAAAAAACUGAAAUUUGGCGCCACAUUAUGAAAACCUUUUAUGAAUUUUUUUGAUGAAUUCACAAAUAUUUGGGAAGAUUCAGGUGCUAUUUAGGGAAAUUCUGUUCAUUUUUGCCGGAAUUUUAAUUUCCAUAAACAUAUUUUAUCGUGUUUGUCAAAAGCUAUCAAAACUUUUGAAACAAUUGUAAUAAAAACUAAGUUUCUAAACAUCGGUGAAGUUUCAUUGAAAUUCAUCAUAGGUCUUAAAAAAGAAAUAAAAAGGGAACAUACCAUCUAGUAUCUGUAGUUUGCAUUUGGUGGCAGUCUAAUUAUAACUAUUUCUUUUGAAUCCGUUGUUUUUAGUAUUUUAGCAUGAGGUUUCCAUUAUUUUUAUUGUUCUGUAAUUACACAGACAUCGACAUUCACAAUUAUACUGUCUAGUUUUGUGGGAUGGAAGUUUCGACGAAUCAGACAGUCUAAUUGUGUGUGUUGGUGUAGAGAGUAGUGUUAGUAGUAUGAAUAACAUCAAUGGUUUCUGUAUUCAACUUCUCCCAUUUGUUUUAGCAGAUAAUUGAUUUUGUCUAGUAAAUUUUACCCAAACUUCCUCUUUGAUUUUUUCACAUGCUUUAUCUACUUUUCUUUUGUGAUUUUUAUAGCACACACUCCAUCCCUAUCAAUUCACAAAACACAAUGUUCUUCGUUACAAUUUAUUCAUUUUAAAACUUCCUAAGUGCUCUGGUCUCAUCCCAUUUGUCUAUAGCUUAAUAUGUGUUGAUCAUUUUACAAAUAGUUUUUGCAUUGGGAUUUAAAAAAAAUGUCAAAUUUUUCAAAUUCAAUAUAUAUAUAUUAUGAAGUUGCGGGUUGACUUUUUCACUGAACUAACCUUAAAUAAGUGCCAUAUAUUUAUAGUCAGUUUUUGCAUGAAACUAUUGUAAUUUAAAAAGGCAUUAAGAAGCAAGUAUUACCGUCAAUAUAUCUAGCAAAAUUCCAAAAGGCGUUAAUUGAUUUUCUAGGCACGAUUAAUUACGUAAUUAAAACACUGCUGAGGAUUUUUUUCAAAAUGUCGUAUGACCUGUUUGCACAUUUCGUUAAAGUUUUUCAUGAUAACACACUGUUCACAGAAUAUUAGUUUCAUAUCACAAGAUAUUCCCUCGCAUGUAGUGAAGAAUUUGAUUAAUCAUCAUUUUCCAAAAAAUCACAAAUUUAUGGUCAUUAAAUGAAAUCAUUAUUGUGCCACAUGUUUAUUCUGUGAAAUAAUAUAUAAUUUUAUCAUAGAUUCUUUUAUAGUUAAAAAAAUACCAAAUAUCACAUUGUGUGUACAGAGAUAAUUAUUUAUUAUACAGGGUAUUUCUAAAUUCAUGUUAAAAAUGCAGAUGAUAGGCUUUGGAAAAUUAUUAUUAUUAUAACGAAAUAUUUUCAUUUCAUCCUCUUGGAUAUAUUUCCUCAAAAUAAAGUUUUAAUUUUUUUCUAUUUAAAUAAUGAUUAAUUAUCAGUUUAUAUAUAGGAUUUAACGUUACACUGCCUUUGAGGCUUAUUUUUGUCAUCAAAACACUACAGUAUUUUAUAAGAAUUCCUGCUUCUAAAAGUUUCUCGAAAAAAAACAUUUUCUGUAUUGGCUUGUGAUAGCUGGAUAUUUCGUUAACUAAGGAUUUUUUUUGCUUCUCUCCUUCAGAAUCCUCAGUGUUUGCGAGACGAAAAUAUCUUGUUAUAAAGCCAGUGAGAAGAUGUAGUAUGUUUUCUUUCGCUCCAGGAAGAAUCCACCAGUAAUUAUAUUCCAGAAACUUUAUUAUAGGCUAUUUUUUUUAUGCUAUAAAAAGCUUCUUGCCAUUAAAAACUUUUCUGCUCCUAAGAAUAUUAAACUUGAUUUCCGAAUCUUGGGAAACUCAAAUUUUUAUUGUUAUUGCCUUAAUCAUUGAGCUUUUCACUGCAUUUUUGGAUUUCAUUUCUGAAGUUUCCGGGUAUUGACAACUGGUAUUUUUCCAAUAUUCCUGUUAUAAGGAGGUGAAAUUAGAAUCCCUUACUUCAACUACUAUCAAUUUUUUUCAUUCUCAUAAUAGAACUAAUACAAUCGAUAAAUCAUAAGAUGAUUUUGAUAAACUUAUUGAAUUGUAUUUUAUUUUCACUGAAUCUAUUAGCUCUAGGAUAAAGAUUAAGGGGUGUUUUGAAAUAAAUAGGCGUUUUAAGUGAUAUUAAAAAAUUUCAUUUAAUUUACAUUGAAGGAGAAAAAUUAAAACUCAUUUUCGUCCAUCACCAUUUAUGGGAAUUAACUCUUGAAUCUUUUUGCGUGAAUUUAUAAGCACCUUGUAUAUAUCAUGAAGUAUAUUGACUUUAAUCAGAGGUUGGGAUAAAAUAAUUUCAGUUUUUCAUGUGUUUCAAAGUGUAACCUUUUUAAUUUAAUUUUAAAAUACUAAUCAUGGAAUAAAAACUUGCUGCAUCAACUUUGUUUCACGUUCAACCCAAGUAUAGAGCCUUUUUCAUACUCAGUCUUAAAUAAAUCGUCCAAAAAAUUUUUAUGGUCGACUUUUAGUUCUGUAGUGAAGUGAUGAGUCGAAAUAUGUCGGUCUACCUCGAUUUUUUCAAAGAUUGACGACGUUUAUUGAUAUCAAAGAACACUGGAGUUCACUUAAGGACUAAUAUCCAUGUAAAAUUAUCGUGAAGCUAGUGCGGCAGUUUUUCCUUUUCGAAAAUAAACAAAAUGUGGCUUUUUGGAACCUUCAUUGUUAAAGCAGAUUAAUUUUUGCAUGAGUUACUUUGUACUCUAGAAUUUUCUAUAGUCUGCUGAACAUCCUAUCCUAUAUCAUUAAAUAAGUGUUAUUAAAGAUUUUUAACUCGAAUGCCAUGUGUUAAAACCGAAAUUAUUUUUCCCAAAUUAAUUAUUUUUGUGUUAUAUAAUAUGUGAUUAUAUGAGUCUCGUACCAUCCAAUCAUUUUUUGUAUAGAUUGAUUUUUUUGAGGAAAAUUUAAAUUUAAUUUCUGUAUUUGUAUAGCUGGUUGAUUCUAAGAAUAUGGAAAUACACAAUCACAAUUUAUAUUUGAUGAUGAUUGAAGUGAAAUGAGGAUUGAAUUUGAUGUGUACAAAAAAGUUUUACUUUAACAUUAUAAUUGAAAGUAUCUUAUAUAAAUGUAUUAAUUGCUUCACAUAGACGAUGAUUUUUAUAAGAAUUUGUAUAGACACUACUGCAUGAAAAUGUGUUGCAAUUUAUAUGGUGUGAAAAAAAUGCCUAAAAAUAGAAUUGUGUGUAAGAUUAAUAAUUUAUUUUAAAUACAAACAACUGUAUGAAAAUCAAACAAUAUUAAAAUUCAUUUUUAUGCACAUGUUUAUGGUAAUUGUGAUUAAUUGGGAAUUUUUAAUGUUACUCAGCCCAAGGGUAUGUUUAUGAAUCGACUAUAACUAGAUAUGGUUGGUGAGCUACGUCAUUCAACAUUUAUACAUACAACACGUUAUAAAGAAUGUCAGCAUUAAACUUGAUUAAGAAGUAAAAUCUUUUUACUCUAAACGAAUUAUGAAUCGGUCAUGGUUUCUUUUUAAUUCAUAUUAAAGUAACUACAUUAACAUGGAAUUGGACGUGGGACUGUUAUAUACUUUAUGUUGUAUAAUGGAUUAAUAAAGAAAUAAAAAUAACAUAAUAUAACAACAUAAAAAAUAAAAUGAAAAAUUAGAGUUUUUUCAAUUUUAUGGUAUAAGAAAACUUAUUCCGCGCAUAGCCAUAACGCUAUGUUUUGUUAGGGUGUUUAAGAACCCUAAAGUAAAAACAGAAAUAGAUGAUUGUAGAUAGUAGGAAAAAUUUCUGACCGUGUUCAUACAUCUCUUGCAAAAUAUGCAGAAAUCAGAAAAAUCCCUGAAAAACCAAAUAUGGUUCCUAUAGAACACCAUGGUUUUUUUCUCUUCCUUUUUUCUUUUUCUUUCUUCUUUCUUUUUGGAUGAGCCUAGCCUUAGUCAUUCUACUUCAUUAGAAAUAAUUAAAAGAAUUCCUUCUACCGCUAUGUAAUCAAAAAUUAGACAUGACAGCAAAAUGACAAAAUAUAAUUGUUUUCACAAUAGUGAAUACAGCUUAUUUUUGAGGCAACUAAUAUAACAUAUUCAUUGCUCAUUCAUGUCAUCCAGUUUUCCAAUAAUUUACUUUUACUUGAAUAUUUUUUUGUUGUAGGCAUACAUAACAUCUCCUAAUUCUUGUUUUGUUCAUUGUACAGCUUAGAUGUCGUUUUAUGAAAACUUAAUCAAAUGAUUGAUGCCGCCUCCGAAGAUCUGUACAAGAUGUAUUUGUUCCUCUAAUAUAAAGCAUAGUGUGAAAAAUAGACAGUGGCCAUCGGUUUUUUCUUUUAUUAAAGGUGUCCACAUCACUUUUCUAGAGAAGCCAGGUUUGUUUUAUUUUGAGAGGAAUUCUUGUAGUUCCAACUUGUAUUUGCUCAAUCUUGUUAUAUUGUUUGUUAUUGUUAUAUUCCUGUUUGUUUUCACUAUUUGCCUACAAGUACAUAGCAAUGACUGAGUAGGUAUUUGUAGCUUUUUUAUCUCGUCCACUGUUUUUGCCACUGUAUAUAUAAAGAAUUGUAUAAGUAUUUCAAUUGUGCACCUGUGAAACACAUUCAAGCAACAUUGACUACGUUUCCUUCCUUUGGAUGCUGUCAAAAUGUCAAACAUUGUAGUAUUUUCUCCUAUGCAAUAAACUUCCUGGGAGUUCUUAUAAACUUAUGUGAAUAAUUCAGUCGUAGCAGGAUCUUUUUUAUUUCCUUGGAAGUUUUAUUAUUAAAUAGAGCUGUAAAAAAAGUCUUGUAAUUGUUUGUGUCAAAAAGUGAUUCGAGUUAUGUUUUAGUUCUGAUCUGUCAAUCUACUUCCGUAAGUACCAAUGAGGGUGUUAUAUUUUAUUAUUGUUUGAAUCAUUGUGUCACAAUGCACAACAGCCGCCAUAUUUCCAGAGGAUUUGGUGAAGCUCCCAGAUUCCUAGCUUCAUUCGGAAUCUAGGUAGAUGCAUUACAAGGUUGUUUGCACGUAUUUUUGAACUAUUUAUAACGAUUCUUACUAUAAUGUUGACAUUGUAUGAUUUCUAGAAGGUAACUGAUUUAAGUCUCACGCAUUGUCCUUGCCCUUGACAUUGUCCAUUAAUUUUCUAGUGAUUAUUUCCUCGAAUAACUAAGUUAGAAUUUCUGGAACCGGUGCUGAUAUUCAUACUGAACAUACUGUUACCAUUACACCAACAACACACACAGUCUGACGCGUUUCUAUUACCAAAUGAUUGUCUUCAGAGACAAUAAACAGUUUACCUUCAGUUUUUAAAGAUUAUAACUUGUUUAUGGAAACGGGUGUAAGACAGUGUAAUUGUGAGUGUUGGUGUGUAGUGUAAAUAUAGUGCCCAGUAUUUUUUUUCAACUGGUCCUAACAAUUUGCCUGUGUGAAUCACCCCUAAAUUUUUAACCACGUGAUCGAGUAUGUAAGCCAUAUGAUGUGAAAUAAAAAAUAUCAUGAAUAUUAUCGAGAACUGAUCAGCAUUGUGCGAAAGAGAUAAUUUUAAGGACGUGUUGGAAGGGAUAAGACGAUAGGCCAAUCAUCUAUUGUUCUCUUUCUAAAUUCAGUUGGAUCAAUAUGUCUAACCUAACCUAACCUAACCUUUAUAGUUAACCACAACUUUCCGGGUUAUUAUAAAUAAUGAUCUACAAUUUUAUUAAUAAUUUCCAAUUAAUCACACUUGAUGUAUGAUAUAGUAAAAAAAUUAUUGAAAAAAAAUUAUAUAAUUUCAUAGGCGACGCCUCUAAACUUGAUGAUAGAUAUAUUUACAAAUUCCUAACUUGAUAAUAAUAAUAGAAAUUGCAAGGAUAAUUUGGGAAUUUAUAUAAUUGUGGAAAAAGUUUUAAAUCUAAGAGUAAUUUUUUAAUUUUUGUUGUGUGGGAAUCUAUCUGUUAGUUAAAACUGUGGUGAGUGUAGUUCAACAUACAAUUUAACAAAAUUGUCGGGUGAAUAUAUUAAGGACAUUAUGUGUUUAAUUUAAGUUUUUAUCUUAGUCAUGAGAAAGCAUCAGCCUAUUUUGGUUGGAGUGUUUCCACGAAAUAUUUAGAUUUAAAAGUAUACGUAAAGUGGUGAGCUCUAUGGACAUAUCUCAAAAGAAUGUCUCACAUUCUUCUACUCUAAAAUUUUAUAAGUGUUUAUUGUUGUGAGAAUGCUUAGCAAUAUAAAAAUUAAAUGCACUGUUUAACCAUAACGUUAAGUCUACUACGUAAUGUCUGUCUACAUUUUUCGAAAAAAAAAAGUAGUGCUAUUAGCAGCUUGUAAACAUUGUUGAUUUGUUUUGUUUUAAUCAUCCAAUAAAAACUUUUGGCAUGACUCAUAAUAUUUUUUCAAUCUAUUCACGGAGCUCCUUCCGUACAUUAGUUUUUCGAAAAUUUGAUAUAAAUCGUAUUAUAUAUAAAUAGUAGAAAAUAGUGUAUAUCUAGGGGUGAAGGAGGCAUAAUUUAUUUCACGUUUUUGAAAGUUUUGUUGGUUACGUUAAACUGAAAAUCUGCUAUAUUGAUUUUUAUUGUAAAAAAUUCAAAAUUAGGCCUGUUACAAUAUAUACGAGGGUAAGCCAUGUCUUAUUUACAGUCUAUAAUAUAGAAAAUUAAGGUGCAAUUUCAUAGUGACGCUCGACGCUGGCUUAGAGCCUCAAAUGAGUUCGCGUGGUAUAAUUUCGACUGAGGCGCCAUCUUAAAUUAUGGUCAAAUAUAAGAGCGUCAACCUUCAAAACGCUAAAAACACUAAAAUAUACCACCUCUAUCAAUAGAUAAUUCAUUCAAUAAUUGCUUUAUUAAAUUCUUAUUAUAAUUAGGUGAAUUAUUCUGAUCGAUGAUUAUAUCUUACAUCGUUAAAGUUAUCAAUAAAAUACUAUAAUAUAUUUACAUUACUCUUUUUCAGUACACUAGGAGCUAAUAGCUGAUAAUAUGGGUCAAGUUUUUUGCUACAAAACCCUAUUUAAAAAAGCUAAAUGAUGUUCAGCUGUGACGCUCCAUCUGAGGCAGCGUCGAGCGACAACAUGAAAUUGUACCUUUAGCAAUAACUGGAAAUGGAUCAUAGUAUUGUUAAUAUUUAUUUAAAAAAAAGCUGCAGUUAUAUUCUACACAUAUGAAAUUAUGUGUAAAGAAUAAGGAUACUUGUUGCCCGUGCUUCUUUGUGAAUUGUAUUCCUUUUUAACCAAUAAUAUUUUGUCACCAUUCAAUAACUAAUGCUUAUGAUCAAAAUUCUUGCCGUUUUAUCUUUUAAACGUACAAGAAAUUCGUAAUACGAGCGAUAUGAUUCCCAAAACAAGUUUUUUACUGUUUCAUAGUUUUCCUGACAUGCUGGCUCUUUGGUAUAAGUAUUAUAAUUAACGUUUGCGGACGUUUUCAUUAGCUUGUCGCAGUUAUUUUCUAACAAUCGUUUCUGGCAAGUUUAAAUAUUUUUUUUUUAUUAUAAAUAAUGGUGUACCUAAAUUAAAACAAUUGCCUUUCUGUAUAUCAACUAACAAUACGAGUAAAUAACAUCACAUACAAAAUUGUCUUGUCUGUGAUAUUUGAUAAGAAAGUUCAAAAUGAUUCUGAUUUUCUCUCUAAUUAGAAUUGACGACAUAACUACUCAUUGUAUUUGUGUAAUUUUUAUUUAUACGUUGAUUAUAUUCACUUUGAAAUUUUUUAGAUUAAAACAAUCAAGAAAAUUUAAUUGAUUUCUUUAUCAUAAGAUUUGAUUGAAAAAAAUGAGAAUGCCAAUAUUUUUAAUGGAUUUACGUUAGAUAAAAGUCAUGAAAAAUUAAUACCCGAAAGGUUGAAAAAAUGAUUAUUAAAUCAAUGUUUAUGUAUUUCUUUCUAUUUCUAAAUAGUCGCAAAGGUAAUGUAGUUGUUAGGUAAACACAUAAAUGUAUUAAAUUAAAUUGUACAAUAAAGGUUAUACUCUUUUCUAAA